UAAUGGUGCAAGGAAUUGAUCCAGAAGGUGGCAGCAAUGCAAUAAUAAGGAUGCUGGCUGCCUUUCAACACAAGAAAGAAGAAGAAGCAGCAGACAGGAAGUGUGAACCCUUCAGGAGUGUUAGUAAAUCUCAAGUGGGGUAUUGACAAAGAAACAAUGAUCAUUCUCUAUUAAUCUUGAAUUUUAUCAUGUCUUGAUUAUGGUUGGGAAGUUUAUGAUACUGCAUGUAUUUCUAGGAAAAGACAAUUAGAUGUUAUUCAAAAUCAAUGCCUUAGAAUCUGCACUGGUGCUCUUCAAUGUACUCCUAUCUCUGUUUUGGAGAUAGACUGCUCUAUUUAGGGUUGCCAACCGUCCCGAUGUGCCCGGGACGUCCCGAAUUUUAGGUGAAUUUAAUUUGUCCUGCGAGGAACAGCUCCCGCCCCGUAUUCCAAUCGCAGUCACAGUUUUUGAUGAAAUAUGGAUGAGAUAUUUUGUCCAAUAGUAGCAGACUGGUGAUUGAUGACACAUUCUGAACAGGGAUCUUUGAUAGGCUACUGUGAUAAGGCGCCAAAACUCAUGCAAACGUUGCUAUGGGAGACGGUUGUUGAGUUCAGUUCAGUCAGUGGUUCUCUGCUCGUGAACAAGUCAGUGAAAAUGGAUGAACCUGCUCAGAAAAAGAGGCUUUGCAGCUACAACAAGGAAUGGGAAGCAAAAAGCGAUGCCUCGAACAAGGGAAAUAGGAAAAUGUUUCCAGUAUGUGUGAGGUAUUUCUCCGCGUUGGAUGGUGUACAAUCCAAGCUGUUGGAUUUCUACGAAGACAGCGACGAAACUGCAAAUGGAAUACACCAGGCUCUUAUUGCCUGCCUUGACACCUAUGGGCUUAAUGUUAAAAACAUCACCGCGUAUGCCGCCGACAAUGCAAAUGUGAACUUCGGAAAGCACCAUUCUGUCUACAAAUUGCUCGGCAGCGCAAACGAUGGCAUUCUAAAAGCUAACUGCCCUGCCCAUGUCGCACACAACGCAUGCAAGUAUGCGAGCGAUAAGGAACUGAUGCAGCACAGAACUUAUAAAGAACAAACUCCUUGUCACUGUGAACUGUCACUUGUCCUGCAAGGAAUUCUACCUGGCAGUGCAGAAGGACAAGAAGAUGCUGGAAUCGGUCAGGAGCAGCAGGAAAUAUCCCUGGAAGGUGUAGGCCUUACUGGAUAAGAGGAUGUCCAUGCCACUGUUCUGUAAAUAGUUUGGGCUGUGCAGAAGGAUGAGGAGAUGCUGGAAUCUGGAAUAGCCAUGGAAGAAGUAACUGGAUAAGAGGAGGCCCAUGCCAUACUGAAAAAAUGCAGACCAACAACAUAUUCUCUUAAGUUUUAAUAAAUAGUUUAAAAAACUUGCAUACAUUUCUGUCUUUGCUUUUCCUUCAAGAUAUGCCCCUCAAAUAGAAUAACUAUGACAAUGGUUGGUUUAGGCCUAAAGCUUUUCAGAGUUUGAGGAAUUUGAGAGACACUUGUAGGCCUAAUGAUUAUUUUGACUAUUACUUAAACACAAUACAGUUUUGCUCGUGCAGUAUUAAUUUACCAAAAUUAUACUGAAAUUAGUAGGAUUGUGGUCUGGAUAAGGAAACGUAAUGAUUUCCGUCAUGGGGCAGUGUGGAUAAGCCUGGGGAAAAAAGUCCUGCAUUUGGGUUGAAAGUGUCCCUCUUUUGGGGAUCAGGGAGUUGGCAACCCUAGCUCUAUUAUACCUUUGGACCGUAGUUCGUUUUGUUCCCCGGUAGGCGUCGCUUAUCCGCGCGAUCUUCACGAGACUUGUGCGAGACUUCGAAACGUGAAGCGUCAGCCAGGUGUCAGUGCCGCCACUUUGAAAACUUGGAUCCUCCCUCAGACACCCUCUGAAAACUGUUUUCCAAACGAGUUGAAAUGACGAUUACUGCCUACUUUUUUCAAACUUUCCUGAUUGCUAUCAAAACAAACAAAACUUCUGGCUUGAUUACGUCAGCAUUUGAAUGAGUGUGCGCGUGUCUUUUGAAAAACCCCGUGUCUGAAAUCGCUCCCUACUCACUAUACAGGGCACUAUAAAACCUUAGUGAGGAUUAUUUACACCCUAUACAGUGCACUCAAAGUAUCCCACAAUGGAUCACAAAGGUUU